AUGUCCAAUGAGAAUAUACAUUACACUCGAGAUAUACUGAGUGGAUUAUCACCACUCGUGUUGACGACAUCUGACGAUGAAGGCGAUGAAGAGCAUCAAUGCAUUCCCGGCACCAGCUUAUUGAAAUACGAUCCAAAAGACAAAGCAUUGAACAGCUUACUGGACAACAACAGAAGAUGGGCUGCUGCUGUCAUGAAAGAAGAUCCACACAUAUUCAGCUCCAUUGCUCAAAAACAAGAGCCAAAGCUACUAUGGAUUGGUUGCUCUGACUCUCGCGUACCAGCAAAUGUUAUUCUAGCGUUACCACCAGGCGAGCUUUUUGUGCAUAGAAACAUUGCCAAUGUUGUUAACCACAGUGACAUGAACGUGCUGUCUGUGCUACAAUACAGUGUCCAAGUAUUACAAGUGGAGCACAUCAUUGUGUGUGGCCAUUACAAUUGCGGCGGCGUCACAGCAGCAUAUGGAAAUAAGCAGUAUGGACUAAUUGACAACUGGCUUCGUUCUAUCAAGGAUGUCUAUAGACUUCAUCAAGAUGAAAUGCAACAGCUAAAAUCAGACCGAGAAAGAAUCAGAUUGCUUGUUGAUCUCAAUUCUGUUAAUUCAGCUAAAAAUAUUUGCCACUCUACUAUCGUGCAAAACGCAUGGAACAAUGGUCAGCAAUUGACAGUGCAUGCAUGGACUUACGACAUCGAAGAUGGGCUGAUCAAGAAACUGGACUGGUGCGUAAGCGACAACAAAUCACUAGAGGAAAUUUACCACCAUUGA